AUGAAUUCGAUCAAUUGCAGCAAAUAUAACAGAAAUUAUUGGCUAGCUAUUUUAUUGUCACCUUUUAUAUUUCUUUAUAUUUCUAAUGUAGAUGGUACCCAAUUAGCUGUACAAGUUCCUAACGGAACAAAAUGCCUUUUUGCAGAAUAUGUUCCUGCAUAUGGUCUUGGUUAUAUUACUGGAAAUCCAUUUUGUAUUGAUUCGGUUGAUCCAGAGGGAUAUUAUCAUUUCAGUGACGCUUUACCUGCACAAACAAACCUUUCAUAUAAAUUUAUUGCUUAUUCUGAUUAUACUCCCAAUAGUCCUGUCUGUAGCGGAAGUUGUGUAUCUAUUGUUAAAGAUAUGAUCCCUACUGAUAAAGAUCUUACAGAUGUUCUUUGGAAAAUUGAUGUAACUCUUUUUAAUUACUGUAAUUCAUAUGAUGUCCAACUAGCUCUCCAAGUUCCUAGCGGAACAAGAUGUUUACAAGCAGUAUUUUAUCCUGCAAGUGGUAUUGGCUAUACUAUUACAAAAACCCUUUAUAUUGAUUUACUUGAUGGACAGGGAUAUUUUUAUUUUUGUAAUAUGGUACCAAUUCAAACCAACUAUAAAUACAAAUUUUAUGCUUUUAAUGGAGUCGUUAAUCCAGAAAACAUAACAAACCCUACUGAUGAUUUCUGUUAUGGAGAUGUUAUAGGUGUGACAAAAGAAUUAGUACCUACAGAUAAUGAUGUUGCAAAUCGUCUUUGGAAAAUUGAUCAAUUUAAUUUUAAAAGCCGUCCUUAG